CGAGUACCAUGUUGCGGAAGUCACAACCUUCAAAGCAAGGGAGUCUUCCCUGCCCUAGCGCAUUUCCAGUUAGCUCAGUUCUCUUCCUUGGUCAAUUUUCCUCUGGGAAACCUUCGAUGGCUAAUAGCGACACGCUUAGCUGAUAUUUUGCCGCCGCUUCGGCUGGGAAGCAACAAACUCAAUACAGAUGUGGAUAGGCGUUCGAAAAGACUUUUUUUUCUUGCCAAGUGGUCGAGCUACCCAGGGACGACGCCUCCUGCCGAUAACCUCUUCUUCCGACGGGAACGAAAUCAAUACUUGAUCAUCCAUAGAGAACUAACCUGUUCGCUGCGUGCUGUUGAGGGGAUCAUCCGUGACGAUUUGCACCAGUCGGAGGACGAAGCAGCACACCGCACCCACGCCUGUGUGGGCCAGUGGAGUUGACUGCUCACGGUCCGGUGGUGGCGCAGAGUGCUAGGUUGGCUGAUUGGUUGGUCGGAGCCUUGGGAAGACUGGUCGCAAUCAAUCCUGCCCUCGCCUGCCUGAGGCAUCGCCAUGGCUCUGUUCCCAGUGGGAGCAGCCGGGCCACUGGCCAAAUUGCGCUUCAGUGGGUUUGAGGCAGCGGUGAAGGACAUCCCGUACGGAAACCUCUUCAACUACUGGUUUGUCGACGGGCCUCGUUUCAAGUGGCGGGGUAUGAAUGAUGCGGCGUGGUACUUUGCGGAGCGUGGCGGCAUCAAUGCCGACCCAAAGCGAGUGUUCUGGGUGAACUACGGCUACAAGGCCAUUGUGGUGAACGACUAUGUAGCACUGGAGAAUCUGCUGUCGGGUGUUGCGUAUGUUGGCAGUGGAGGGGUACCGGACACUCCGUUAGUCGAUGGCCAAGAGGUACUCAACACCGCAGUGGCACGACUACUGCUAGAAAGAGAGGCAGCCAUUGGUGCCUGCCCGAUUGAUAUGACGUUCUUCAAGACGACGCGUGCACCUCUGAACUACCUCAACAACUCGGAUCAUGACCAGCUCAAGUCUUACUUCUUCUACGGGGAAACUCCGUUGUUUAGACGGCUGGCUGAUCUAAAGUACCCCAUGUCAGCUGUCAGCCAAAUACCAGAGACAAUUACGAGUUUUCUCAAAGAGAUUCCUGCAGCAAUGAUUCAAUACACCAGCGUGGAGUAUCUGAUGAACGUACUGGCUGUCCAAAUUACCAUGCGUUUGGCUCUGAGUGAAACAACGCCACCGCGGCUGCCGGACCUCUAUCAGUAUUUGGUGGACCGCGUGGAGGACGGCUCCGUGAAAUGUCCCGUUACCGGCAGCUACUCUGAGCCAUCCUCUACACGACUGGACCAAGUGGAUGCACUACGGCAGGUCAGGACAAUCCUAUCAGCGGCGUACAAGAAACAGCUCCUGACAGACGUAACCCUCUACGUCGAUUUGGAAAUGGGCGCAGAUGCAAUAGUGGAGGAGCUCGUUACGCAACUUGCCUACAUCAUGACACAUCACAUCAUCAUUCCGCUACGCUCUGUUCUGACAAAUAUUGUAGCUCGGUUCUACCUUGACAAGGCAAUGCAGCUACAGGUGGCGGAAGAUGCCAAGGCUGCUGCGGAUUCGGUGCCGACGGCGAAUGCGGCGUUGAUGGAUACGCCGGCGGGGUCGCAUGACGCGCCGACGGCCGAUGCCAUCUGGCAAGCUGUGGCUGACCCCUACAACAGCCAGGCAACGUCUGCCCGUGCUGCUGUGGUGGAUGAGGUUCUUCGGGUACAUCCGCCUCAGCAGUUGAUCUUCUUCCGAGCACUAGAGACGUUCUACCUGCCCUCGAGUGAUGGCUACUACAAAGUCACUAAAGGUGAUCGCCUUAUUGGCAACUUGCACUCAGCACAGAGAGACAACGCCACGUUCGGUAUUCCGUCGUCCAAGCAUGCAACACACAGACCACGCUGUGACGAGUUUGACAUCACAAGGUUCAUGGACAAGAGCGUACGGCUGCUCAGCAAACUACUUGUGUUUGGAGGGAGCUAUCCUAACGUAUCCGAGACCGGUGACGGGAAUCAUUACUGCCCAGCUCCUGAUUUUGUGCGCUCAGUAGCCAAGCUCUUUGCCAGCCAAUUGUCACACUGUUCCUAUUCACUGAAGACCAAGCCGUACUGGUCUGGAUACCGAGCAGAAGGCUUGCCGGACCGGCCGCCAGAGUUCGAAUCGUUUCAGUUUACCGCCUUGAACAUCAGCGUUACAGCCUCGGAGUUGGUGGCAGAUGCGUGAUAGAUGUGCGUGAAGCCCACAGAGAAGGAAAUGACUCCCGAUCUCGUCGUGGAUCUGGCGACACCGAGAACUGUUCAGGGUUCACAACGUCCACCACGCCAACAGGCCUUCACUUGCAGGACGGCCGUGACCAGCAAUGCAUGGUAGUCUCUACCAGACCACUCUGCACAGCACAGUGUUCACAUGAUUCAUGAUGCAUAAUUAUGCACAGAGGCCCUCGCGCCCAUCCCGUUAUCAUGUCACUCCGGCUUUCCUUUCUUUUUGCACCAGUCAAAUAAAUUGUGCUCCCCCCACCCCCCUCCCAUAGCUAGCAUAGAAGCACACCACUGAUGCCGAUGUUUUUCUUUUCUUCUCUCGGCGUGAGUCUGCGUACUCAUUAUGAGCUAUAGCCAUGCCGUUUGAAAGCCAGCACUCCAAGGUCUGUGUAUACAUUUUCAUCCCCUGGUCGUUCUCCAGUUGGCACAGUAGCCCGGCACUAUUUUACUUGGCCCUAGCAAGCACAUACAUGUAGUUAUGGCACCAGAGUAGCUGCCGUUUUUUAAUUUUUUAUCCCUGUCAAUAAUUUACAACCCAUCUGCUCUACUAGAAUCUUCCAAGAGGAUACAUGCAUUCACAAUUCUCAAAUUUGUAUACCGGUACAUAUGCAUAGGAUUCAAUGCAGUGCAGUGGCUACUUGUAAUCACCAAUCCAUGCAGCAAAAUCUCACCAAUACGUGUGCAUCAUUAAUUUUGUCAUGUCUGUGUUGUACAG